UUCUAGGGCAAAUAACUCCUCGCAGAUCUGCCCUCUCGCCGGGCUGCCCCCUCAACGUUGCCUGCACCGAGGUCGGCCCACCCGCACCCGAGUGGUCCGGGGCUCCUCGGUCUGCCGCUGGGGGGGGCCGGAGCUGCGUCGGAAGAGCCGGGCGGGGCAGCCAGGCCGCCUUCGCCGCCGCCUCCUCCCGCCCCCAGCCAUGGCCGACGCGGAGGACGGAGACGAGCCCGGCGUUUCUGCUUCUCACUUGGGUUCUUCCGGCGCCAAGGCGGGUGGCGCCGACAAGAUGUUCUCGCUGAAGAAGUGGAACGCCGUGGCCAUGUGGAGCUGGGAUGUCGAGUGCGACACCUGCGCCAUCUGCCGGGUGCAGGUCAUGGAUGCCUGUCUUAGAUGUCAAGCUGAAAACAAACAAGAAGAUUGUGUUGUGGUCUGGGGCGAGUGUAAUCAUUCCUUCCACAAUUGCUGCAUGUCACUGUGGGUGAAACAGAACAACCGUUGCCCCCUCUGCCAGCAGGACUGGGUAGUCCAAAGAAUAGGCAAAUAAAAUUGCUUCCGGUUAUUGCACUGAAGUUGUUUGAAAUGUUACACAACUAACGGUAUGCUUUCUCUGUGAAAGAAGGAAGAAGUCACAGUGUGGCAAAAUCCAUCUUAUUUAUUUAUGUCUACACAGGGACUUAGAUCUGAAAUUUUUGUGUUAGUUUACUGGUUUGUUGGUCUUUAAAAAUGUUCCAUCAGGAACUUAGCUGCAGUAUUUAAGAAUGUAUCUAAAUAUUUAAUAUGAACACAGUUCAUUAAUUUAGGAAUUAUUUAGGGCUUAUAGGUCUAUGAUUAUUAAUACAGGUAAUUUCAGCUUGAAAUAUUGCUACUUUUUCUCAAAAUGAAGUUAUUAAUAAAUAAUUGAUGGUGCAUUGUUUUUAUUUAGGUAUUGUUUAUCAUUAUUUCUUUAGGUAUUGAUAAAUACUUGUUUCCAUAGUACUUUAAGAUGAAAUUGAAUUGAUUGCCUUUUCAAAGUAUGUACCUUCUCCACGCAUAAUUAAACCUUUUAACAUUGUAAAAUGUGUAAGUUAUUUGUCCCUAUAAGAUAAUGUAUUUAAAAGUUUCAUAUUAAAAAGUGUGGAACUUGGAAGCAUAA